CUUUUCAAGAUGGCGGCGAAGGCGAGCUUUUUCGGAAGCGGGUUCUGCCGGGCCUUUUGCUCUUUCUGGGAAGAGUGAGGGCGCCCGGGGUCUUUCCCUCCCGCACCGCCGACUGGGGCGCCUCUCGUGAGGCUUUUGCCACGACAUUUAUCCGGGUCACCGUCCUCGCAGAACGCGCCCGGCCUUGGGAUCAGUUUUGUUCACUGGAAUAGCAAAACCAACAAACUGUCAAAAUGGGGCGAAGAUCAACAUCUUCCACCAAGAGUGGGAAGUUCAUGAAUCCCACAGACCAAGCUCGCAAGGAGGCUCGAAAGAGAGAGCUGAAAAAGAACAAGAAGCAGCGUAUGAUGGUGCGAGCAGCAGUGCUAAAGAUGAAGGAUCCCAAACAAAUAAUUCGAGACAUGGAAAAACUUGAUGAAAUGGAGUUUAACCCAGUACAACAGCCACAACUCAAUGAGAAGGUGCUCAAGGACAAGCGUAAAAAACUACGUGAGACUUUUGAGCGUAUCUUACGGUUGUAUGAGAAAGAGAAUCCAGACAUUUACAAGGAGUUGCGCAAACUUGAAGUGGAAUAUGAACAGAAGAGAUCACAACUCAGCCAGUACUUUGAUGCUGUGAAGAAUGCUCAGCAUGUUGAAGUGGAGAGUAUCCCUUUGCCAGAUAUGCCCCAUGCUCCUUCCAACAUCCUCAUUCAGGACAUCCCUCUGCCUGGAGCCCAGCCCCCCUCUAUUCUCAAAAAGACAUCUGCAUAUGGACCUCCUAUCCGGCCUGUUUCUGUACUUCCACCUCCUGGACAUGGUGUUCCUCGCUUACCUCCAGGCAGAAAGCCUCCUGGACCUCCACCAGGUCCACCUCCACCUCAGGUCUUGCAAAUGUAUGGUCGUAAAGUAGGAUUCAGCCUAGAUAUGGCCCCUCGGAGAAGAGAAGAAGAAAUGUCUUAUAGUCCAGAGACAGGUCCACGGGGACAUGACGAAGAAGCUUCUAGUACUAGUGAAGAUGAGGGGUACCCUGAGGAUAUGGAUCAGGACAAGCAUGAUGAUUCAACUGAUGACAGUGAAAGUGACCGAAGUGAUGCAGACAGUGAAGGAGAGGAGUUCACGCACCACGAGGACAAUGCCGAGAGAGAGGCGGGUGAAGACAAGAAAUCAGGUCAUAGUGUACGGUUUGCUGACAUUCCUGGAAAACCACGAAAGAAGAAAAAGAACAUGAAAGAUCUCACUCCACUUCAGGCCAUGAUGUUGCGGAUGGCUGGCCAGGAAAUUCCUGAAGGAGGCAAAGAGGUAGAAGAAUAUUCUGAAGAAGAGGAUGACGACGACGACGACGAUUCUGAUUCUGAAGAGGCAUCACAGAAACAACGCACAGAGGAGUCCCAUGCAGAGACUGCAUCAUCAACACCAUCUCAAUCAGCGCAGCAACAGCCACAGCCACAGCAGCAGCCCCCACCCGGGGAACCUGUUCCUCCAACUCAAAUACAGGCACCUCCCAUGCCUGGACCGCCACCUCUUGGACCUCCUCCUGCACCACCUUUGCGGCCUCCAGGACCACCUACUGGCCUUCCUCCUGGGCCACCCCCAGGGGCUCCUCCAUUCCUCAGGCCACCUGGAUUGCCUGGACUACGUGGGCCUUUACCACGACUCCUGCCACCUGGACCUCCCCCUGGCCGCCCUCCUGGCCCUCCACCUGGUCCACCUCCAGGUCUGCCGCCAGGCCCUCCUCCAAGGGGACCCCCACCUCGUUUACCACCUCCAGCCCCUCCAGGUAUCCCUCCUCCUCGUCCAGGCAUGUUGCGCCCUCCUUUGGUACCUCCCCCAGGCUUAUUCCCACCUGCUCCCAUUCCAAAUCCUGGGGUCCUGAGUGCUCCCCCCAGCUUGAUCCAGCGUCCCAAGGUGGAUGAUACUAGUGCAGCCACUAUUGAGAAGAAGGCCACAGCAACAAUCAGUGCCAAGCCCCAGAUCACCAACCCAAAGGCUGAGAUCACCCGUUUUGUGCCCACGGCCCUGCGGGUCCGCCGAGAGAACAAGGGGACAUCUGCCUCCAUCCAGAAGAAACCUGAUGAUGAGCCUUCUGUUCAGAUAACCAAAGCAACUCCUAAAGCUGGCUCAUCUGCCCCGGUUUCUGUACAGACCAAGGAUGAUGUGUAUGAAGCAUUCAUGAAAGAAAUGGAGGGGCUUCUGUGACAACUGUUUCAAGUUAACGUUUAUAUCCUCUGUGAUGAUGAGAGCAGACUACUAUGUUAGGGACAGGGUUUCCAUGUUGUAGUGGCAUCCAGUUGAAGAACUUCUUUCCUAACAAGUAAUAGUUCCCCCAUUCCUCUUAACUUGUGAUCAGAGUUGGGGGGCGAGCCCUCUGUAGAGUGGAAAAGGAACACAGUUGUCUGUCUACCAUCUAACAAAGGUCUAGCAAGACUCAGUUGUGUCUGUGCUCCCAUGGAAAAUCUUUUGUGUCCUUGAGUAUUUUUUUAGUUAAUGGGAAGAAUAAACUCGUGAACACAUACAUACCUGUGCAUCAGGUUUGUAUUUUCUGUUUUGGUGGCUUUCUGUAAAUAUUUUGUAAUGCUGGUUUUUAGUUGAGUGGGAUUAAAUGGUUUACCCACUGUCAAAGAUGGAUAAAGCUGAUGUUUGCAUAAAUAGCAUGCAGACAUUUUGCACCUGAGAUAAAUAUCCUGCAGUCAUUUCAGUGGCUUCUUGCUGACAGGAGAAACAUGAUUGUCUCAUGAGUGGGAAUAAAUAUUUGAUGUACUACUACA